AUGUCGCUCUCGCGCAGCCCGUCGCCUAUACCUGGUGGCGGUUGGGCCAGCCCUGGCCUCACCAUCAACACCAGCGGCCGAUCGAGUCCGAGCAGAGGCUUCUCAGCAUCCAACGGCGCAACAUCGCCUUGGGAAACCUCCAAGAUGAGAACCGCUGGCAUGAACGGAUACCCGUCCUUCUCCACGCAGAACCAAGGCUUCUUCACGAGACACAUGCGCCGGAUAUCAAGUAGCCUGCCGCGAUUCAACCAUCAGAGCCACUAUACAGAGAAAGAGAAACUGAGCCGAGCAUCAUGGCCGGCGCAGAAGGUGCCGCUGGUGGGAAGGAUACGGAGCGUCUUCGCACGCAUGGGCAGGAAGAUGAAGCUGCGCUUGCUGAUACUUCUUUUGUUGUCCCUGGCCAUGACCAUCUUCUACAAUACUCCUCUAGUGUACCACUGGCGGAGACACUUUGGUGGUGGCCAAAAGUAUGUCAUUAUCUUGGCGGCCAACGUUGGGGGAGGUGUCAUGGAAUGGAAGGGCGCCCGCGAAUGGGCCAUUGAACGGGACAGCGUUCGGAACAAGAAGAAAUACGCGAACAGAUGGGGGUACGAUCUCGAGAUUGUCGACAUGAGCACCAAGAAACGAUACGCACACGAGUGGCGCGAGAGCUGGGAGAAGGUCGACUUUAUCCGCUCUGCCUUCCGCAAGUAUCCAAAGGCCGAAUGGGUCUGGUGGCUCGACUUGAACACCUACGUAAUGGAACUUUCCUAUCCCCUACAGAACCACAUCUUCAACGACCUGAACAAGCACGUCUACCGCGACAUCAACGAAUACAACCCUCUGAACAUCAGCCAUCCCUUCACCGACCCUUACCUAGACGAGGAGUCGCGGAGCCCCGUCGGCGACGGAAGGGCCGAAUCCAUCAACCUCAUGCUCUCCCAGGACUGUUCGGGCUUUAACUUGGGCUCUUUCUUUGUCAAGAAGGGCAACUGGGCCGACCGGAUGCUCGAUAUUUGGUGGGACCCUGUCGCCUAUGAGCAGAAACACAUGGAAUGGGAGCACAAAGAGCAGGACGCCCUGGAGCAGAUGUACAAGACCCAGCCAUGGAUUCGCAAGCACACGGCCUUCCUUCCGCAGCGUAUGAUCAAUUCGUUCCCGCCCGGCGCAUGUUCCGAGAACGGGAACGACACACGCAUUCACUACGACCAAAAUGACCGAGAUUUUGUUGUCAACAUGGCCGGCUGCGAAUGGGGCCGCGACUGCUGGGGGGAGAUGUACAACUACCGCGAGCUCAGCUAUUACCUGAACCGCAACCCGUGGGAGCGCUUCAAGGAGGAUCUCAUCGCCGUCAUCUGGUUCAAGCUCACCGGCCAAAAGGUCAAGCUCUAA